AUGUUUGGUUUAACGACGAAAAGAAUAUUGACCCUCUUCGCUCGAAAACGUAAUACAGUAAUUGAAGAAAAACUUACAGAAUAUAUGAUUCUUGGUGAAAGAACUAAUAACGAACAAUUUCGAUAUCAGUUGCAGGUCGAAUUGGAUCCUCCUACUCAAGAUCAAAUUAGUAUCAUGCUCUCCAAUAUACAGAAGGAUCAAAGUCAUCUACUGAUUUCGGGAGCUACUUCUGUCCAGGACGCAUUAAAUAAAUACCAAAAUGAUUUCCGUACUUUUCGUCGUCCUUGCCUUGUCGAUUGGGACAAGGGAAAAGUAAGUCCUUACUCUUUACUUUUGCAGACUCGGGAUUUCAAACAAUUAUUGUAA